GCUGGAAGAACAGUCACUGCCGGAAACCCCGCCUGGUGUUGCAAUCAGGAAGCAAUUGCAGAGAGAAAAGGAUUUGGGGGACGUGUUAGAAGUUUCAGUCUCUGCGCCAUUGGUUCAGGAGCACAUCUAACCCACAAGUGCCAGGCCAUCUGUCUGUUUGGCAUGUCUCCGUCACUUUGCAAAGCAGAAAAAUGGGCCUUUACCUCAGGAAGAGAAGAAAUAGGUCUCUCUGGACUUCCUUCUGUAUCUGAACAGAGAACAUGUCAAUUUGGGGCUCUUAAAUGUGUGACUGCCUUUCUGAUUGUUGCUCUCAUUUAUGUGCUUGCUUACCAUAACCGUUCAACGCUGAAUUCCUUGGUGACUGUUAAAUGUGUGAAUGUGGACAAGACUGAACCACGCUUGUGGCAAUAUGUACAUCACGGAAUCGGAUCAGUGAAUACAGAGAGGCUUCCUGAGAUGUCCUCAAAUGGUAGUGCCUCUCAGUGCAGUUCUGACCCCUUCAAUAGAUUUGACUGUGCUUUUAACAAAGAGAUGGAUAUGAAGAAAUGCCUGUCUCGUGGCUGCUGCUAUUUGCCAGUUGAUCCUGCCAAUGUGUCUGUCCCAUGGUGUUUUUUCCCAUCAAACUACCCAACUUACAAACUGGAUUAUCUCACUCCAACACCCAAUGGUUACGCAGGCAAGUUGAGCCGUGCUGAAAAGACAAUGUUCCCCAAAGAUGUCAUGACACUUCAGUUGAACAUGAUGUACGAGACAGAAGCCAGGCUCCAUUUUACUCUUAAGGAUCCAGGAAACAAACGCUAUGAGGUUCCCAUUGCCGUUCCUAAAGUCACUGAAAGAGCUCCAACUCAGCUGUACACUGUUAAGUUUUCGUCCAAACCUUUUGGGAUCAUUAUACAGAGGAAAUCGAAUGGCUGUGUACUCUUGAAUACAACAGUCGGGCCCCUGUUUUAUGCUGACCAGUUUCUCCAGAUUUCUACCUCCCUCGCAUCAAAAUACAUCUCUGGUCUGGGAGAACACAUGACAAACCUGAUCCUCGAUGUCAAUUGGAGACGAUUAACUCUUUGGAACCUUGAUAAGGCCCCUGAUCCUCGUUCCAAUCUGUAUGGCUCGCACCCUUUUUACUUGGUAAUGGAGGAGGAUGGAUCAGCUCACGGUGUUUUCCUGCUGAACAGUAAUGCUAUGGAUGUGCUACUUCAGCCAAGCCCCGCUCUGACCUGGAGAACCAUAGGUGGAAUCCUGGAUUUUUACAUCUUCCUCGGACCAGACCCCAACUCAGUGGUCAGGCAAUACAUGGACAUCAUUGGUUAUCCAAUAAUGCCUCCCUACUGGAGUCUUGGCUUCCAUCUGUGUCGCUGGGGUUACUCGAACACCAACAUCACCCGGGAGGUAGUGGAGAACAUGACCAGAGCCAACAUGCCUCAGGACGUGCAGUGGAAUGACCUGGAUUAUACCUACUUGAAAAGGGAUUUCACCUACAACAAGCUAAACUUUGGAGACUAUCCACAGAUGGUGGAGGAGUUUCACCAGAAGGGCCUGAAGUACGUCAUGAUCGUGGAUGUGGGCAUCAGCAGCUGGCAGGCAGCAGGGUCCUACAAGCCUUACGACAACGGGCUAAAGAGAGGAGUCUUCAUUAAGAAUGAAACCGGCCAACCCCUAAUAGGGAGAGUCUGGCCAGGUCCGACUGCUUUCCCUGAUUUUACGAACCCGGAGACCCACAGCUGGUGGUAUGAGAAUAUCAAGGCAUUUCAUGAUAAAGUGCCAUUCGACGGAAUGUGGAUCGACAUGAAUGAGCCUUCCAACUUUAUCAAUGGGGCAAUAGUUGGUUGUCCAGACAACACAGUGGAAAAUCCUCCUUAUGUACCAGGUGUGACAGGAGGAAGCCUGAGCUCUCGCACGCUGUGUAUGUCUGGAAAACAGUACUUGUCAUCACAUUACAACCUGCACAAUAUGUAUGGGCUGACUGAGGCCAUCGCUUCUCAUGAUGCAUUGAUCAGAAUACUUGGAAAGCGACCGUUUGUGAUUUCACGGUCCACGUUCCCCAGCCACGGUCGCUAUGCUGGACACUGGACAGGAGAUAUCAUGAGCAGCUGGAAUCACAUGUAUCACACUAUCCCAGCAACUAUGCUGUUCAACAUGUUUGGUAUCCCUCUGGUGGGAGCGGAUGUCUGCGGUUUCCACGGCAACAGCAACGAGGAGCUGUGUGUGCGUUGGACGCAGCUCGGAUCGUUUUAUCCUUUCAUGCGGAAUCACAAUGAUCUACAUCAGCAGUCUCAAGAACCGUACGUCUACAGUAAGACAGCGCAGGCAGCAAUGAGGAAAGCUCUGUUCACCAGAUACUCACUGCUGCCUUUCCUCUACACCCUCUUCCACAAAGCACACUCUGAUGGCGAAAUGGUGGUUAGGCCGCUGUCGUUUGAGUUUCCUCAGGACCCAAACACAUUGAUAAUCGAUCGGCAGUUUAUGUGGGGGAAGGCGCUCCUCAUCAGUCCAGUAUUAGCACCCAAAACAGUAGAGCUCUCCAGUUAUUUCCCUCCUGCAACAUGGUACAGUCUCUAUGAUGGUUCUGCUAUUCACAGCAAGGGACAGUAUAUCUUACUGCCGGCACCCUUGGAUACAAUAAAUGUUCAUGUACGAGAAGGUUGCAUUUUACCCUUACAGGAACCCAAUACCACGACCACAGCAUCCCGUGGGAACCCGCUUGGCCUGAUCGUGGCACUGUCCAAUCGGGAAGCGGCCAGGGGAGAGCUGUUUUGGGACGAUGGAGAUAGCCUAUCGACGUACGAGAAUGGCGACUACACUCACAUUAUCUUCCUGGCCAGAAACAACAUACUGUUUAGUCAGAUAACCCGUUUGAACAGCCAGAUAGAUGGCGUGGUGCUGGGCACGGUGUCUGUGUUUGGAGUGGCAUCUCCCCCUCUCGAUGUGUCCGUUAAUGGAGUCUGGAUCUCUGACUUUUCCUACAGAAUGGAUUCAAAGGUGCUGACCCUGCAAAAUCUCUCUGUUCUUGUGGGCGAAGAGUUCACAAUCACAUGGUUCUGAAGAAAGCCUCCUCAACUAGGUGAAGCUCCAUGUGACCAAGUCCAGCCGAAGGUUAAAGGGCAAAAAAUUUCACGCGUGUUUCAGAACUCCUGAAGACAGGAUAGAACACUUCUUUCAUUGCCCGAUAUUUUCAGGGUUUAAAAUUGACUGUGGUGGAGUGGCUUGAAAUACAAUGUAAGAUUUUUGUAUUUUCAACAAUUUAUUUUACACACAAUUUUGUGUGUUCUCUUUCUACUGGGACAUGCUGGACUGCCUUUUCAGACUUCUUGGAACUCAAAAGUGUAGCAAGAGAAUGAUUGCACAGUUGAAUGUUAACACAAAACGUUGCGAUGCUUUUCACUGAAAGUGAGGACCAUCUAUGAGUUCUCCAUCGUACGGUGCUUCUCGUCUUUUUAAAAUGUUAUCCUUCCAUUGCUGUGAUUCUUUUCUGAUGCUCACUGUAUGAUAACUCCUUUCAUGAUUGAUGAUUUAAAAAAAAAAAAAAUUGUACAGCUGUACAGGUGAUGGAGUGUUGGUGGAAUUUUAUCAAAUUAUUGACCCACUUCUGUUCUCAAUUUCACGAUCAAUUUAUUGUUAUAAUAAUAUAAUAAUCCUUGUAUUUGA